CUUUUUUUAUUUGUUUUUGCUGGACGUUUUUUUAUUAGGGUUUUGUCCAAUCCGAUCAUCUUUGUGGAUCUCCGAUCACUCUCUUCCAGUUUCAGUCAAUCGCAAAACCUCAGGGUUUGCAAUUGUGUUUUGCUCCACGAUUUCAAUUUCGUGUGUAGAUUCUAAAUCAAUGGAAGAGACUAGCAGCACGAUCAGCACGAGUCAGAAAUCGACACAAGAGUUGGCUAUGGAAGGGCAAAAACAUUUGGAAGAUACGAUAGAAUCAGCAUUUCAGAUAUUAUCUUCGAUGAACGAUGAACUCUGCAACCCUAAUUUAUGGUCCACGUCUUCUCCACCUCCUAAUGUCAACACUACCAAUGGCCACCACGGGCCAUCCAAUGGCGUAAGUAACGGUGACGCUACAUCGUCGGACGCCGCUCAUCACUUUGAGAUGGGCGGUGGAGCCCUCGAUGAAGCUCGUCUCCGGUAUAAAGCAUCUGUCGCAGCUCUCCGUUCUGUUCUCAUUGCUAUUCCCAAUUCAAAAAAGGCCAAGGCUUAUGACAUUGAUCCAAUGUUAACUGAUGAAAUGGAUGCUGAGAAGCUAGAAGAUAGAGCCUCUGCUUUAAGAAAGGAGCUUGAAGAUAAAAACAAACAUUUAAAGAUUCUCAUAGAUCAGCUUCGAGACCUCAUUACAGACAUUUCAUCAUGGCAAAGCCCAAUUGUUGUAUGAACUCAAGUAGCUAUUCCUACUCAUCUUUCUAGUAAAACUUUCCCUUCUUAUCACCAUGUAAUAAUACAAAAAGUUGUAAUGAAAGAUUGCAAAAGUUUACAUGGAAAAUCUACAUUUUUUCUGAUUUCAA